AUGUCUCACUUCGCAUGUAAAAAUGUAGAAUUCAGAUAUAAAGGAAAGAAGUACAACCAAGACUUCAUAAUCCUCCCCUUAGCCAAACUGAACCUGAUAUUGGGAAUGGAUUGGCUGGCCAAACAACACGUAGUAAUUGAUUGUAGCAGCCGAAGUAUAAUAGUCAGCAGGGACAUGAUGGAGACCCCACUCCCCAAUACUCCACCGGUCGAAUUAGGAGAUUGCACUUUCAUGCUAAUAGCUGGUCUAGUAGGUGCGAGCGAGACACCGUUGAUGAACAUUCCCGUGGUCAAAGAAUUCGAGGAUGUAUUUCCUGACGACAUUACCACAUUUCCCCCUGAAAGGGAAGUGGAGUUUUCUAUUGAACUUAUUCUCGGGACUGGACCAAUCUCAAUUGCACCCUACCGUAUGUCUCCCCUUGAAUUGGUAGAAUUGAAGAAGCAGCUAGAAGACCUGCUAGGGAAGAAUUUCAUCUGA